AUGGCCUCUGCCUUGUUCUCUGCACCAACCUUCCAAGGCUUAAGGCCACUAAACAAGCCCACUGACUCCGCUCUCCUACCAAAAGCAAGCUUCUACAAGCCCAUCACCAUGAAAACCAACAAAAGAGUAGGAGUCAUCAAAUCAGAGCUGAACCCAUCUCUGGUGAUAAGCCUGAGCACAGGCUUGUCUCUGUUCCUGGGAAGGUUCGUGUUCUUUAACUUCCAAAGAGAGAACGUGGCUAAACAGGUCCCCGAGCAGAAUGGAAUCACUCAUUUUGAGGCAGGGGAUUCAAGGGCCAAGGAGUACGUGAGCCUGCUGAAAUCAAAUGACCCAGUUGGAUUCAACAUAGUGGAUGUGCUUGCAUGGGGUUCUAUCGGACAUAUUGUUGCUUACUAUGUCCUUGCCACCUCUAGCAAUGGCUAUGAUCCCAGCUUCUUUGGCUGAUCUGUUUUUAUUAAUGUUUUCUACUGUAAUAUAUAUAAUUCCUUUUCAUGCUGCACUGAUUCAUGUUUUUAUGAUACUACCUGGGAAGUCAAGCCUACCUAUCAUCUUCUUAUCUAAUUCAAGGGUUCAUGUGCUUUUUAAUGUU